AUGCCGCUGGACACAAUAUAUCUAACCCGUCAUGGCCACCGUCUGACCUUCACCGUUGACCCCAAAACCGGCGAAUACCAUUCCCAAUUCCCAACCCCCACCGAUAACCCAGCAGACCCAAUCCUAACCUCGCACGGCGUGCAGCAAUCGCACGAACUCGCCGCGCACAUCUCCAGCCCGGGGUUCCAGCCCAAGCCGUUCCGAAUCUACUCGAGUCCGUACUAUAGAUGCCUGCAGACGAUAAAGCCGACUGUGGAGAAGUUGCGGGAGUUACAGAUGCUACCGGAACCAGAGCGAGUGGAUGGGAAAAUAGCGGAUGAUUGGGAGGAUGGGGUGUUGCGUGUUCAGGUUGAGGAUGGGGUUGGCGAAUGGUUCGGCCCAACAUCCUGGUUCCACCAUCCCAGCCCCGAGUCCCCCAACGUCCUCUCAGGACACUUCCCAGACCUCCUGUACGAAAACAUCAAUGGCACAACCUACAAACCCGUCCUUGUCCCCUCCACCCGCGGCGAGACAAUCGCCCAACUGCACAACCGCCUCGCCCUAGCAUUGACCGCCAUCAUCGCAGACCUAGACCUCCAUAUCUCAAUGGACGAAGAAGAACAACCAGAAAGUGAACGAACCAGUAAAGCAGUCCUGAUAUGCUCGCAUGCAGCAUCGCUGAUCGCAAUGGGACGGGUAUUAACGGGGAACAUGCCCGAUGAUAGCGGGGAGGAGGAUUUCAAUGCGUUCACGGCGGGACUGAGUACGUUUAAGCGGAGGGGUCCUGCUGUCCCGUUAACUGGGGCUUUUGGUGCUACGGGACAUGUCAAUGAGGAUGAUGAACGGGCGACGAAGAAGAUGGUGGCGCCUGGGACGGAGAUGCUGAGGCCUCGGAUGGGGAGGGUUCCUGAGUGGGAGGGGGGAAGCGGGGUUGGGGGUGGAUGGGAUUGUGUUGGGAAUGGGGAUUGUAGUUUUUUGAGUGGUGGUACUGAGAGGGGAUGGUGA